CCAGGGUCCUUCCCUUUCAUCCUUCACUUCCUACCCCACCUUCCAACUGUGUUUCAAUGCCUUUUCUAUCAUGCCUCUGAUCUUGUAAGCUUCAAUCAUAGUGACUCUGAGGACUGUCAACUUCUCCUAGGGCAGAUUACCCCCCAGUGCGCCAAACGCCAUAGCUCACUCGUUUAGCUACGGAAUCGAGUGAUUCAACUUUCAGUGGAAAGCUGACACUGCCAGCUACAACAUAUCCGAUUUUCAGAUCGUUUCACCGAUUGGAGUUUUUGAUAUAGCUAUUCGAAGGUCGCGAGUUUUCUGGGCGUCAUAACGAAGUGCUGCAGAAAUUUCCAAGGAGCCAUUGAAUCAUCUGCUUAUAGCCUUCUCUAACCAACAAGUGGUAUCAGAGCCUAUUAUCACGCAUUUGGGACCUAAAAUACGAUGGGAGAUAAAGAGGACUCUGGUGGAGGUGAUACUUCAGUCCAAGGAGGCAGCUCAACCCAAGAUUCUGGCAUUGCAGCGCAAAGGGGAGCGCGUACAAGCCAGGGGUCACUGCUUAAGGAGGUGCUGAAGAACUUCACCAUUGAGAAGUUCUCUGGAGAUGGCUAUGAUGAUUGGGCAUGGAAGAUGCAGCUCUACUUUCGACAAAUUGGCCUCUUGAAGCUCAUGAUUGGAACGGAGCCAAGGCCAAAGGAAAUGGCAGAGCAAGCGGACUGGGAUGAACGUUCAUCUGCUGGGUACUAUCUACUGUCACAAAGCUUGGAGCUGAACCAGAGGCAUCACAUCAUGCAUCUGCUACCGGAAAUUGAUUGUGGGCCCAAGGCAUGGGCAGUGCUCAAGGACCUGCACGCUCCGACAUCGGUUGCCGCUUCUCUCAUGCUGGAUCGGGAGCUGUCCAUGCUGCGGUUGAGCGAGAAUGAAGCUGUGCAGCCCGUACUGGACAAGAUGAGGGAACUCUACGCGAAAUUGGCGAUUGCAGGCAUCACGUACCCAGAGCAGACAAAGUGUCUCAAGAUGCUCAGCCUGCUGCCGGAGUCUUGGCUGCAAUUUAUAAGCGGACUCAGCUUGCCACAAAACCAAAGUCAAUGGACAUUGGAGUGGAUUCGCACCAAGAUUCUGGAAGAAGAUUUUCGUCGCUAUACACUGCGCGGAGGUGAUGACAGCACCAGCGGCUAUGCCAUGCAAGGGACAUGGAGGGAUCGAGGGCGUGGCAAUCGCGGUCGCUCUUACCACAGCCAAGGUGGUCGCGGGACUUGGAACCAGCGGGGGCGUGGUGGCGCUGGUGCAAGAGGAAGAGGUGGUCACUCCAACAAUGACAACAGUGAACCACGCUUGAGGGGAGAGUGCUGGUAUUGCAAGGAAGAAGGGCAUCCAUGGUUUCGCUGCCCUACCAAGCCCGACUGGUGGACCCCUUGGAACCAAUCGGAGAAGGGGAAUGGAGGAAAACAACCACAUGGAGGUGCCAACAUGGUAGCUGAUCCUGCUGAAGAAACCUCCAAGGAUGACAGAGGAAUGCGAAAUGAGGAGAGGAAUGCUGGACAGUUCUACCAUGUGUGUGACAAAGAUGACAGUGGCACAGCUGUUGCAAGGGCUGGAGAGGAAUUGCACCCGCUUGACAUGUGGGUCAUGGACUCUGGUGCUGCAUGGACAAUGACACCACGCAAGGACUUGCUGGAUGCUGUGCGAGCGCCUCCAAUCUCUGAAGUGCGCUCAGCAUCCGGACAUGCAGUGAAGGUCGCUGGAGUUGGUCGAGCUGCAUUCAGAGCACCUGAUGGUGGACUGGUUGUGCUGAAGGAUGUGUUACUCGUACCGGGGCUGAAGGCCAACCUGAUAUCGCUGCGCAAGCUAGGCCAGGCCGGAGUCAGCACCACCACCAAUGGAUCCAAAACAUUCAAGGGGCUGCGAGGAGAUCGUGUGUUAUGGGAUUUACACGAAAGCAGAGAUGUCUUCAGAUCCAUGUGGCAGAUCCCUGCACUGAUAUGGGAAUCAACAAAGAAGGAGUUGGGAGAAGUAAAGGCGGGUUCUGGAGUCCAGGGGGAGUGUAAUGCAGUUAGUGCUGCAGGAGUGACGGUUUCUGCAAGGUCGGGGGAGACUGAUUGGGAAACCGCACACAGGCGUCUAGGGCAUGUGGCUAUGCCAUUGCUGCAGCAACUGCAUAAGGAAGAAGCAGUAAAGGGGCUCAAGCUUUCUGGGCAACCAAAUGCUACCAAGUGCGAGACGUGUCUGCUGAGCAAGUUCACACGGUUCCCCUUUCACGGCGUAGCUGGGAAAAGCAAGGCAGCACUGGAACUGGUGCACAUGGACCUCGUAGGACCUUUUCCAGUCCGAGGAAGUAAGGGGGAAAGGUACUUCCUGACAAUAGUUGAUGACUGGAGUCGGCUGAUGUGGGCAUACCCGUUGAAGCAGAAGGAUCAUGCUGCCUCAACAAUACGAGAUGAUUGGCUGCCGUUCGUCGAGCGACAAUCUGGGCACCCAUGCAAGAGCAUCAGAACCGACCGAGGUGGAGAGUUUCUAGGAGGAGAUCUGACUGCGUGGCUCAAGAAACAAGGCAUUGAGCAUCAGCUAACGACGUCCUAUACCCCUCAGUCAAAUGGCGUUGCUGAGAGGGCUAAUAGGACCAUCCUGGAAACUGCGCGAGCGCUGCUGAUCGAAUCAGGGCUGGGGAACUCCAUGUGGCCUCAUGCGGUGAGGCAUGCUACAGUGGCAAGGAACCGCGUACUCACAAAGGUGGCUGAUGAUAUGUGGGUGCCGCUGGAGAGGUGGCUUGGAAAGAAGCCUCCAGUGGACAUGCUUCGAGUGUUCGGAUGCAUGGCAGUGGCGCAUGUCCCUAAACCGUACAGGACAAAGCUUGGAGCAUCUGCACUUUGGUGUGUGCACCUUGGGCUUGCGGCAGAGAGCAAGGGGUGGCUACUCUGGGAGCCCUCAAAGAAUGUGCUGUUUGAUAGUCGGGAUGUCAAAUUGGUGGAGAACAUCAUGUAUGGCAAGUGGGAGAAGCAGCCGGAGGCAAGGGUCACCCAGCAGCUGGAAGAGAUCACUAUGCACUUCGAUCUGUCCGAACCUGAGGACAGCGAAGUCACUGCGCCAACGGCAAGCGGUACUGAUGAAGGAAGCAAUGAGGAUAUUGCAGCUGAUGCUGAAGUCAAGGAUCCGGAGCAGCAGCAGCAAGAGGCUUCCAAAACACCAAGUCUGCCAAAGCGAAGGAAACAGAUUGGUGGGGGGACAAAGGAUUGGGUGAAGGUGAAAGAAUGGGUAAAUCCAACCAUCUACCCUGCACGUACCAGAAUGGCAAUGAGAAAGCUGUUGAGCUCCACAAGUGGAGGAGCCACAACUGAGCAGCAGGAACAGGCUCAAGGCGAAGAUGCAGUGCUGUUCUUGGGUGAUGACCAAGAGUCAGAUGACAAGGAGCCUGCAUACUGCUUUUACGCACCAAUACAACCUCCGAGCAUGGAUCAUGCGCUAGCCGGGCCUCAACGGGGGAAGUGGCUCGUUUCAAGAGAUGCAGAGUACAACAGCAAGAUGGAGAAUCACACAUGGGACCUGGUGUAUUGCCAAAUGGGAAGAAGGCAAUACAGUGCAAGUGGCUGGCAAAAAUCAAGACGGAUGAGAAAGGAGAGCCAUCAGUUUACAAGAGCAGGCUGGUGGCAAAGGGGUUUCAGCAGAAAGAGAAGGAAGAUUACAAAGAAGUGUUUGCCCCAACUGCUAAGUCUCCAACGCUACGUGUGCUGCUGGCGGUAGCUGCUGUGCGCAAAUGGAAGGU